AUGGCUCUUUCAAUUAAGGAAAUGGCUCCUCAAGACGAACAAUUCGAACUGCUUCUGAACGCUAUCGACUCGGCGUCGCGUGAUACACUCCAGGCAGUUCUAAAGGCCAUGUGUCGAGAUGAUCAAUCUACCAGGGACCGCGAUGAAGGAAGUGAUGGAGAGGAGAAUGAGGAAUCAGAGGUCGAAAACUCACGGCCCAAGGAGAGAAGGUUGAACCGGAAAUCUUCAGGCUCCAAGCGACUUCGACAACGUUAUGCCUAUUGCGAGAACUGUGACAAGGAGUUUGAUGUCACGCAAAACACAAAUACCAGCUGUAAAUUUCAUCUAGAUUACUGCCACCCCGAUGGAGAAUUUUUCGUGGAUGAUGACCAAUAUGAUAACGGUGAUUAUGAUAAUGGGGAGGCUCUCGAGGAGUUCCCAGAGGGCUAUAUCUAUGAGUGUUGCGAGAGACGUGCCAAUGAGGAGCCCUGCACCGUUGACAAGCAUCGCGAGCGCAUAUCUACUAAAAGACAAAAGCUCUACUGA